GAUGCUGCAGUCGCUGGCGGGCAGCUCCUGCGUGCGGCUCGUAGAGCAGCACCGCUCCGCCUGGUGCUUCGCCCUGCUGGUGCUGGGCUACCUGCUCUACCUGGUGUUCGGCGCCGUCGUCUUCUCCUCGGUGGAGCUGCCCUACGAGGACCUGCUGCGGCAGGAGCUGGGCAAGCUGAAGCAGCGCUUCCUGGUGGAGCACGCGUGCCUGUCGGAGCAGCAGCUGGAACAGUUCCUGCUGCGGGUGCUGGAGGCCAGCAACUACGGCGUCUCGGUGCUCAGCAACGCCUCGGGCAACUGGAACUGGGACUUCACCUCCUCGCUCUUCUUCGCCAGCACCGUGCUCUCCACCACGGGUUAUGGACAUACAGUGCCUUUAUCUGAUGGAGGGAAGGCCUUCUGCAUCAUCUACUCGGUCAUCGGGAUCCCCUUUACGCUGCUUUUCCUGACAGCAGUGGUACAGCGCAUCAUUGUUUACGUCACCAGGCGGCCUGUACUCUAUUUCCACAUUCGCUGGGGUUUCUCCAAGCAGAUUGUUGCCAUCAUCCACGCUGUAGUCCUUGGGUUCAUCACUGUCUCAUGCUUUUUCUUUAUCCCAGCAGCAAUUUUUUCUGUUCUGGAAGAUGACUGGAAUUUUUUGGAGUCUUUUUACUUUUGUUUCAUUUCCCUGAGCACUAUUGGCCUAGGAGACUAUGUGCCAGGAGAAGGCUACAAUCAAAAAUUCCGAGAGCUGUAUAAAAUUGGAAUUACAUGUUACCUCUUGCUGGGCCUCAUUGCGAUGUUGGUGGUUCUUGAGACAUUCUGUGAACUCCAUGAGCUCAAAAAGUUUAGGAAGUUGUUUUAUGUGAAGAAGGACAAGGAAGAGGACCACGUGCAUAUAAUGGAACAUGACCAGCUCUCUUUCUCCUCCAUCUCAGACCAAGCAGCCUCCAUGAAGGACGAUCAGAAGGCAAAUGAGCCUUUUGUGACUUCCCAGUCCCCAACUUCCAAUGACAGCUCUCUAAACAAUUAAUACAGGGGCAUCCACAACAUUGUUUUGGUGCAUAUAUGCUACUUACUAUAAGAAAUAGAAUGUAUCUUUUAUUUUCCUGAAAAUAUUGAAGCUGGAAGACUGUGCUAUUUUAAACAAAGAUUCAUCACUUCUAACAUAGGAAGGACUUCUGGGGAAAAGUGUGGGAGCCACCCUGGGAAUAGGGAAAGAAAUGCAGGAUGUGACUGGGAACAUCAGGCCAUUUUGCUUGAGAAAUAAAGAGGUGGGAAUAUCACUUUCAGAGGUACCAGAGAGAAAGGCUCAGACAAGCAACUUCAUCUGUCUUUAGGAGAGCAGGGCCUUCACUGAAAUCCAGGUCAUCUGAUUGCAUGCCCUGACUUACAGCUGGGUGAAACUUUGCAAUACGUACUUUAUCUCAGAAAGGUAGUCACAGAUUUAUUCCAAACACACCAAAUAUCUUCAUCUGGAAAACAUUUCCAGAGCAGUAUCUGUAGACCUGCUGGAGGGGAGUAUCUAGCUGAUCCUUCUAUUACCCAGUAAGUUGCAUGUGCAAACAAUAAUGCUAGGAAUGAAAAAGCAGGUUUCCAUCCUCUGCCCAGGCCAUUUGCAUUCAAAUUUCCUACUUCCUUAAUAUGUCUCCUAAUCACAGGAAGAAUGUUGUUCUGAAGAGAAUGUGCCUUGAGUCUUCCAUGCUGUUUUGCUUUGUAAAAAAUACUUAUGUAAACUCUGAGAGGUUGCAGGAGCCAUUCGAAAGUGCUGGAUAAUAGGGCUGCAGGGAAAGGAGAGUCCUCUUCCCUUUGGAAUGUGUAGGAAUGUUUUGGGUUUUUUUGGCUGAAUGAAACAAAAUGAAAAGGGGAACUGAAAUUCAACAUAUGCCAUAUUUGUCAUAGUCAACUGCUUUAAGUAUUUCUCCUUGAUAAGGGUUGAAGUCUUAUGAGCAGAGUAAGGGCUCAGCUCUGUUUCAUUUUUUACAUUUGCAUGUGCUGGGCUGUUAGGCAUCUGGAGGAACAGAAGUAGUGUCAUCUUUGAGCACAGCCCCUUUUUCUUUAUUUGGUUUUCUAGCUAGUACUCAGAGCACUUUGGAGGAGAAUGGAAUGUUUCCAGACAAUUUUUCAGUUUUUCAUAUGGCAAGAAAACAGGAAAAAUGUCAUUUUGGUUCAGAUGGAACCGGAUGGAACCGAAUUUUUUUCCCCUUGGGAAAAGUCACUACAAAGUCAAGAUCCCAUCAACUUCUGAAGCUGGAACCUCUUUGGCUGUAACAGGAGAGGUGUUUUACUCCAGCUACCUGUCACUGUGCUGAAUGCAGGGACCUCAAAGUGAAUUUCAGGGAGCAGGAGAUGAGACUAAGUGGUGACAGUACUCUCUUCUGGCCUUAAGAAUCUACAAAAUGGGAAUCUCGGUAAUGUUUUGCAAUGAAUAAAAGAUCUGGAGCACAAAUAGCCAUAUUAGGACAACCUCCCACAUAGGAAUAGUGUAGAAGAGAGCCUUUUCCCUGCAGUGCAAGCAUGCCAGAUUGCCUGUAAUUUGGCUUGUAGUGUUUAGAGCUGAAGAAUAUUUUACUGUAAAAGAAAAAAAAAAAAAAAAAGCAGCUUGUCUAGAAUUAGCUCACAUGGGAAAAAUACUUGAAAGUAAAUAACCCAAAAUAUUCUGUGUUUGAACUUAAUUAUAGCUAGCAUCAAACCAAUUUUAUAUCUUUACUGGAAAAAACAUACUUUAUGGCUAAACUAACGAAAAGUCUUCAAUUUAUAUUUGUAGAAAAUCAGAGCUAAAGGUUUUGGUUGUUUUGGGUUUUAUAGAUUAGGUGAGAGCAUACUGCGUUUGCAUGUUCCCAGGAGAGUGGCUAUUUUUAUACUGCUUAAGUUAACAGUUCUAUUUAUAACAAAUGUUAAUCAAUAUAUAUGUACAUAUAUACAUAAAUAUAUUUAUAUACUGUACAUAUAUCAUAAAUCACCAGAGUUUAAUCAAUUUAGGCACAGCAUUUUAGAUUUUGUUUUCCUAGGUUUCUCUUUAUACAGUGAAUAAUAGGAAACUAUGGCAUAAAAUAAAACUGGCAUAAAAAUAA